CCUUAGUAAGGCAUAUAAUCUUAUGCAAGAAGAGAAGAAAUGGAAACUAUCUACUGGAAAAUGCGUAGAGGACGAACUGUACUCGUUUGCCAGGCAAUGCACAUAUGAUCAGUAAGCUGUCAUUGUGAAUAUUCGCGGAAUAGUUCGUUUUAACAAUGUAUAUCAGUCCAUGUUUAUCAUUCAUCAUAGACCCUUAUGAUGCCACAUACAUUCAAAAUGGAAUCUUUACACAGAGCGAGCUUGAAGAGAUCAAAGACUACAAUGCUGUGGCAAUGGAUAACUUACCGAAGGACCUUGUUGACUAUUUGAUGUUAUUUGACUGUCACACAAGUGAGGAUCUCCGUAAAGCAUGCUUCGAGAACCAGAAAUGGUAUUAUCCUUUUAAUAAGACGGAGCAUUACUGUCAUGAUUGGAUAAGAAGGACGAUUGAUAUGAUGAUUCCUGAAUUUGAGGCCGGAAGUCUAAAGAAGCAACAUCACGAAAAUUGGUACAUGGUCAGAAUUUGGUCAUUAAUAGAUAGAUUAUUUACUGAUGUGGAAGAUCUGGAAGCUGUGAGAGGAGAAUCAGGAAGCAUUGCAACAGCUGCAAGAAAAAAUCAAGAUCGAGUAAUACCGUCUAUGGUCAAAAUGAAGAGAAAAGCGAUGGGAAGACGCGCUGACUUAAUUUUAAGAAAAGGGUCUGCUGAAUAUGGCUGUGCAGAAGCUGGGGCCAAGGACGAAGGACUUUGGGGAACAAAGAAGCUUCUUGAGAAAGGGAUGAAAGCUGCAAAGGCUCUCAAGGAUAUGCUGAACCAGCUAUCUGAUCUUGUUGGCAAUGAUGAAGCUUCUGUAAGGCAACUGUGCACCAUUGGCUACAUCAUAUCAGGAAUGUCUCUAGAGGUGAUGAUAAUGGAUUCACCGACAGGAUACUGUUGCAGAAUAACAAGGUCACAGUUGUUCUCUAUUCCCACUAGUGCUUUUCAGGUGAAAAGUAAAUUACUGCCACUGAUGUCAGCUCUCAUUGUGACAAAGCUACGGGUUUUGAAAGUUAUUGAUAUUGUAGAGAACUAUGGCUCAUCUGAUGUAAAUUUUCGGAAUUCAUUAGCCAAUGCUUUCAAGGUGGGAUCGUUGAUUCCAAGUUCACCAGAACGUAAAACCAUAAUGUUGCCUAGCUGCAAUAUUACACCUACGAAGCGAAGGCGAAAUAGUACCUCGUGAAUGACAAGAUGUCCCUAUAUUUGCUUAUGGAUUUUUAGUAGCUGUCUUUUUGUUGUAUGUUCUAUACUCUCAUAACUGUUCCCAUCAGUAAACUUCCCAUAACCUGUGGCUCGGUUGAUGAUCCAGUCACAUGGCGCUAAUAGCAGCGUUGUCGGUCCCACAUGAUACUUGAUGAAUCAGUCACAUGACGCUAUUAGCAGCGUUGUUAAUCCCAGAUGAUACUAAUGGCGCUUGUGGGCAAUGUCCUGGGGCUGACACUUCAUUGGGUGUGGGGCUUGCGGGGGGGAUGAAAUCCAAAAUUCUCUUUAGAAUACCUAUUAGGCUUAGGAAUUAGAAUCAUUCUAAAUCCAUUGAUUUAAAGGGAAAGUCCGAGGUUAGACUAAUUCAUAGUGCUUAGCACCCGAUAUAAAUCUGGGGAAAUAAUAAGGUCCUGGUUU